CAAAUUUUUAUUUAAGUUCAGUUUAAAAAUUCCUGAUCACAUUUCCUUAAAAACAGACUCUACAAGAGAUAUUAACUGUGAUUACAAACACAAGUUACUAAUUGUGCAUAUGUCAAAUGAAUACCGUUUGCAAUUAGCAGUAAACUAGGAAGUGCAUUUAACAAAAUUGGUCUCCGUCUAUCUAAGAAAAUUGGAGAAGUUAAAGUUCGAAACAAUAACAAGAUGAGUAAAUUUCUUAAAUUUGUUGUAUUGCCUUACUUUACCGAAGAAAUGAUAUUUAAAGCCUUCAUGCAAUAUCGUGAAAGACCCAUAAGUGUGCACUUGGUGGAUGUGAAGGCUGAAGACGUGUUAUACUUAAUUGAAUUUCCGAAUAAAAUUGAGGCCGAACGAGUUUUCAAAAAAUUGAAUAAGAACAUAAUUAAGGGUAUUAUUCCUGCACAUUACUUCACAUUUGAAAAAGAUGAAAAAGAAUCGGAAAUAACAUCUAAUAUUCCUACUGACAUAAGAGAGAGCGAGAUUGUGGAAGUCAGAAAUGCGGAAAUCACAAAUACUACAGAAGCUGAUGGCGAAAAUUCACUCAAACCAAUUACUGCGACUUCCAUAAUGCCACAAAGAAUUGUGAAGAAUACCACCAAUUAUUUAAACUAUGGCACUAAUGAACGCGAAAAACAUGAGAUCUUUGUACACGUGGGACGUUCGGUUACGCAGAUCGAGUUACAUGCAGUUUUCGCAAAGAUGUUUCGCAGUACAAUCUCGGCUCGUGUCAUUUGUGAUAGGUUUCGCCGUAGCAAACGUUAUGGUUUUGUCGAGUUUGCCAGCGAAAUCGAUCAACAAGAAGCACUUAAAAUAAAAGAUGGACAUAUUCGAAUUCGAGGCGGUAGUAUAAAUAUACGCGAUGCUCAUCCAAAAAAAUAUAAGCAAGAUUGGAGCACAUAUAAAGCUCGAAAUGGCAAAGUGUUGAAAACCAACACUGUAAACAUAGUACACAGAACUAAUAACUUAUCACCAUUCGGUACCGUUUUGAGAAAGUCUCUUAAAUGCGCUGAUCACAGUAAUCAAUUAACAAAUUAUUUGACUACCGAAGCUGUUCAUAAGAAUAAAAUGUUUAAACAAAUAAAGAAAUUCGGUGAGGAAAUGGAAAUAUUCGAUGAAGAGCCCACAACAUCCUCAAAAGCAUCAUAUGAACCCAAAGUAACUUCUGUACUCUUCUUUAAGGGAUUUACGGAACGUAGUGAGGAAACACUGCAAUUUACAAAAUCCAUUAAUGUGAACAUGAAAUCAUCAUCCAAUGAGCAUUUAAUUCAAACCUCUAAACUGAAUAUAGAUUGGCGUACCACCAAAAGUGUAGCGAAUGUAAAUGAAUUGUCAAAUAUAAGCUUUGAUGAGAAAGUUAAACCCAAAAACACGAACAGUCAGUUAGUUGAUCAUGUCAAUGAUGGAAAUAGUCGUAAGUUGGAAGUACAACCGAUAAUAUGUCAAUCCAAUGAAGUUCACAGUGAUGUUCAAUUAUUUACACAAAGCAAUUCCGAUCUUGAGAAAGUAACUACUGACAAGACUGAAAAAAUUAAAAUUACUGUCGAUGAAACAAUUCAACAUUUGGCAACUGUGGACCAUAAUACCAAAUAUCAACAUCAUAAUUCGAUAGAUCCACUUAUAGUUAAAGAGGGUAAUGAAGAAGGCAUUCCAAAUAACAUUGAUGAAACGAAUAAAAUAGACAAAGAUCCAACUGUAGCCUCUGUUUAUUGUAUUCAACUACAAAAUCAAAGAAAAAUUAGUGAUCCAGAAGGAGUCCAUCAUUUUGUUACUGUAGUCAUGGUUGGCAUAAUUAUAAUCAUCGUCUUUAUUAUGUUAAUAGGUUUGGAAAUGUUAAUCUAAAUUUUAAGUCAUUUUUUCAAAACUAAAUGAUAUACUUGGACCCUAAAUUUACUUAUUGGGUUUUUGCGAUCAAUUUUUUAAAAUUUAAUCCAAAUUCAAUGCAUCAUAUGUU